CCCCCAUAUGACCCCCCCAAAAUCCCCAUAUUCCCCCAUAUCCCCUCCAAAAUCCCCAUUUUCCCCCCGUAUCGCCCGCCAAAAUCACCAUUCAACUCAGACAAGCCUGAGUUUGGCCCUUGUGCCACAGCUGAGGUGCUGCAGCCCAGAUGUGCCCCAAUGCCCUCAGCCUGGGGCACAGGCAGGAGGAGCUGGAUCCCCGCCUGCUGUCACAGGGCUGGGACAUUGAUGGAAGAGCUGCUGAGGUGUGGGGGGACAGGUCCCCCAGCUUGGGGUGCUGUGCUGGAUGGGGGCAGAUUCUUCAGAAGAGACAGGCGGGGAUGAUCAACAGGGGGUUGCCCUCCAUGUGAAGGAUCUGUCUGGAUGCAUGGAGCUCCUCUAUGGGAUGGGCAGCAGAGUGGGGGAGCCCUUGUGGGUGAGGGUCAGAGCAGAUCCAGUCAGGGUGGCAGUGUGGUCAGAGGUAAAUGCCUGCAGUCAGGCUGAAGAAGCAGACAGUCUUGUGGAAGCCACUGGACUAAGAUGACUUCAAUGACCCCAUGUCACCCUGGGGGCCUUAAAUCACUCAGACUGUCACAGAAAAGGGACACUGCAGGGUGCAAACAUUCCCGAGGUUUCUAUGGGUUCUUGGAGGCAUCUUCUGUGCACAGCUGCCAGAUGGGCCGACCUAGGUGAUGUUCACCAGGAUCUGGGACUUGCAAACAGGAAAACCCGUGUCUUGACACUCCUCCUACAAAAUGCGUGUCAUAGUCCAGCUGCUUUUCAGCACAGGGAAAGAGAUGAGGUUUUGGGGCCCAGCCCUACAUCCAGCACUGCACAGGCCCACUCACUCAUAGACCCUGGGAGGCCUGCAGCCCUGGAGAGUAUUGGCAGACAGACUUUAGCAAACUGCCUAGAAAAUGGGGAGGAACGCAGCAGUGACUUCUCCAGCGCUCUACUUGCUUUAUUCUGUGGCCUUUGUCAGAAUUUGGAGAUGUUCCUGGUGGAUGGGCCAGGAACCGCUAGGAAUGAACUGGGCAGAAGGGAGGUGACUGUUUCUCAGGACAAGAAGGGAAAUCUCUCGUCUCUCUCCUGAGCUGUGCUGUCUCCAUGCUGCUGACGUCAUAAGGCUUCUUAUGACACGUGAUGAUGUCACAGAAGGAUGUCCUGCAUCACCAGGAUAUAAGCAUUGGUGCAGCGGCAGUGCCGGCACUUCCCUGCAAAGCCUGGUCCCUGCUGGGCACUGCUUGGGUGCUCCCCAGCGCUGUCCUUCUGCGGCCAGGAGUGGGGUCAGCAGGCAGCAAGCUUGCACUGGGCGACCCUCGCUGACGGGCGGAGGAGCAGGGGCACCUUGCAGAGGAGCUGUGGUUGAGGAGCCAGGGCGGGCAUCCCUUGUCCUGAGCUGAGGGCCAGCAGCAAGCGAGAUGGAGGGCUGCUGGAGGGUGACCAUCGCCUCUGAUAUGGUUUCCCAGUUCCCAGUGCUCCUGAAUCUCUCCCCCAAAGAGACUGAGGCUAUCUGGGAUGCUGUAUCCGAGCAAAUUCUGGAAGCGCUGAAGCAGGAUAAGGCUAUUCAGGUUGCGGGACUCGGGACCUUUGCUGUUCUCCAAGAGCAAUUCCACGUCAAGCAAAAGCGGCUCCUGAUUCGCAAACCGUUCUUCCAGCUGGACAUUGAUGAGGGGUGGCUGGAGUACAUGUACUGUCCCCCUGAGAUCCUCCCUGAUGACGUCGAGGUCGAGCCGCUGAACUACCUGCAGCUAGCGCAAGCCACCUCCUUCCCACUGUACGUGGUGCAGGAGUGUGUGCAAGAGACCAUCAUCUUGUACUGUUGCCUCCUGAAGAACAAGGAGCACGUCCCCUUUGCAUUCAGGGACAUCGGUGUUUUGACGUGCGAGGAUGACUUCCUGUGCAUGAAGUUUUAUCCGGACUGUGUUAAACGUCUGGAGAGCUCUGAGGACCUCAUUGCAAUGCUCCACAGUAGAAUGUGGCCGGCACACCCGACUGCCUUGAGUGGAGAGACCACCGCUCGUGCGAUCCAGAUGUUCCCAAGGUUUCAUCUGACUGUGAGGACAAGGCCAGAGGCCAAAGUGCGGUUCACCUCGCAGCAGCAAGCUGCAGGAGAGUGCAGGAUGAGAGGAGUUUCAUUGUGCCAUCCUGGCAAGCUGCUGGAGAGGCGGAAGCUUUCCCUCCCCACGGUGAGAAGCUGGGAGCCAGGCACGAGGCAGCAAGAUCUGGAGAAGAAGCCUUCCACCAGUGUGCUCCCCCCGUGUCCAGGCAGCUCCCCCAGGACAAAGAAGACAGACAGGCAGGAAGCAGCUCCUCAAGCCAAGUCCACCAGCACUGCGCUCCCUACUCCCGAAGCCUCUCAGAGAUCGGUGCAGGAGGUCUGGAACCUGUCCUCGCAGUGGGACCAAACAAAGAGCUCAUGGCCCUUGUACCAAAAGCGAAUAAAGCAAGCCCGGGCAGAAAUGGCUGCUUGGGGAGCCUGGUCUCAGGGGGAGGACCGAGAGACACCUCAGGUCACCAGGCAACAUGAUUGGAUUCCCCAUCCCCCAGCCCAGCCCAGGAGCAAGGAGGUCGUGAGGAGGUGGAGGAAGGUUCAGAUCCCUGCCGCAGAAGAGGAGUGGAGAGCGGCAGCCAAGCUGGAGAGCCUCCAGCCUGACCACCUUUCCCCACGAGCACUGCAAGUUUUGAAAAGGUCGGAGCCGCAUCGCAGUCAACAAAGGGUGUUCAGAAGUGCUGCGGAGGAAAAGCGGCUGCAGCAAGAGCAGCAGCGGCUCCCCUGCGCUAGAUGCUGGUACCGCAACGGAGGGGAAGGUGCUGGGAAUGCUGAAGGCAGCAGCGGAGCUCUGAGCAAAGGGGCUGGGAAGCUCUCCCGCUUUCCACCCCUGAAUGGAAAAUAAAGAGCACAGCCAGACU